ACGGGACCACUUUUGCUAAUGUCGUGCCACGUAGCCGAUGGUGGUCAUGUCAAAAGUGUGAUGUGAUGAAGUUUCUUGUACUCAUUGGGUACAAUCCGGUUUAUAUUCCUUGGUAGGGUCGUCCGUUUGGAUACUUUAGAUCUUCUUGGUCAACGCAGUCCGGUGGUUGGUCCCACAAUAAAUUGAAUAUAUGGUACAGUACAAGAUAUCAAUUAUUUUGCUCUCCAUGUCCUUCAAGAAUCCAGCAACCAACCAACAACGGAUUUGAAACUGACCUGGACCAAAAGAACAAGCGAUACUAUUUUACAUCGCCAUCACCGCCAAACCCAACAACUAAAGGUACCACUACUUCUAGUACUUGUACUGUACUUGCGAGAGGAAGUGGACGAGUAUUUUAUUAUAUCUGGCAACGACUCAUUGAUAAACCUCUUCGACUGCUCAAUCUGGUGGUGGCAGUGGAUAUUCCGACGUGGAUUAGCGAUGAAAUUGGGAUCAUAUAUUUCCGAGAACGUCUUCCUCCAUAUCCCGCCUUGCUUGACCGAGGGGAAGAGAGGACACGAAGACCGCAAUGAUGACGGCCAUGACGACGACCACAGCUCUACAAGACAUAGAAAUGGAAGCGAAUACGACAAUUUGGACGGUGAGACCCGACAACGAGAGUGGACAUUGACAUUGGUGUUCUUCAUCACCGGAAAUCCAGGGUUGAUAGGGUACUAUCGACCGUUUUUGUCGGGGAUCGUUGAGAAUUUGAACUUGGACUUGGAUGACCAGAAGGGCCGACACAGUCACGGCCACGGUCGCGGUCGCGGUCCAGUGGUGGUAGCUGGAUUCAGCUUGGGAGGAUUCGAAGUCGAGUCCGGUUCGGGACAAGCACAAGGAGGUUCGGGAAGUGAUGGAGAUGGACAUGGAGAUGGACAUGGAGAUGGAAAUGAGAAUGAGAAUGACGAAGAGAGUCAAGAUCAAGAUGCGUGGCUUCGAGAACUGAUGUAUCCUUCUUCGUCCUCCUCCAACGAGCAAGUGUACUCCUGGCCAGAACCCGCGACGAGAAAGCCGAACUGCAGUGAACAAAGACAAAGACUUUACUCCCUCCGGGAUCAAAUCGAAUUGAGUUAUGCGCGCGUGGAGAAACUGGUCAGCUCUCUCAGCACCAUCGCCUCCCUCGGUUCUAGAAACGAAGAAGACGCUUCAAGUUAUACAAGUCGUCUCGAAGACAAAGACAAUUCUUCUUCUGGCAAUGCCAAUGUCAAUGUCAUCCUCAUGGGUCACAGUGUGGGUGCAUAUAUCGCAUUGGAGAUUGUGAGGUUAUGGAAUGAACGACUUCGACACUCACAUACUACCAUCCAGACGCAAACCCACGACCACGACCACGACCGCGACCAGGGCCACGAACAUGCAACCACCGUACCCACGACCACCGCUUCAACCCUUAACGACAACACCAGCACCAUCAGCAAAGUGCUACCUUGGACACCCAUCGCCUGCAUCCUCCUCACCCCCACAAUCAUCAACAUCCACGAAUCCCCUUCCGGCCGCCUCACCACACCUUUACUCACCACAUCCUAUCUCUCAAUACCCAAUCUAGCCCAGAUUCUCGUCCAUCUCCAAACAUCACUCCUCCCUCGCAAAGCGCUGUCAUGGCUAAUCCAAAAAGUCACCAACCAAAAACAAAACUCUCACGGCCUAGAAACGACGGUGGCUUUUUUGACAAAAUGUCCCAUGGGAGUCAAACAGGCGCUGUAUAUGGCGGGCGAUGAGAUGAGGGAAAUUAGAGGGGAUAAAUGGGGAGAAGAGGUUUGGGGUGCAGCAGCCGCGACAGCAGCAACAGCAUCUCCCUCCACAUCUACAUCCACGUCCACGUCCACAUCCAACCAGUCCUUGACCAAAAGUAGUGCGAGUCCGAGGCUCUACUUCUGGUUCGCCAAAUCAGAUCACUGGGUCGCAGACCUGACGAAACAGGAGAUUCAAAAGAUCAAACUUGGCGGCGGAGUGGUUGAGAAAGAUUGUUUCCGUUUCAAUAUACCCGGCAUUAACGACUACGACCACGACCACGACUACGGCAAUGCCACAGCCACUGCUAGGGAAGAGGAGGUGCAAUUUAAACAGCACGACGAACCAAAUCAAGCGCCAAUGACAAAGAUAUGUGAGACAGAUGGACUUGUCCAUGCCUGGUGUUUGGAUCAGAGCGAGUUCGUGGCUCGGCGAGUUUCGGGUUGGAUUAGGGAGGUACUACUAGACAGUACUAAUAACUGUGUAUGACCGGACCCCUAGUCCCAUUUCCAUCAUAUCUAGAAUCCAGUGACUGAAAGUAAUUCUGCGAAUGAUAUUCCAGCAAUGACAGUGGUAUUCCUGUUGCCAUGCUAUGGACGGGUUGUCUACCUUUGAGCCAGACCAGCCCUCCUGAAAAGCUCGCCCAGAACAUCAGGCUUCUGAGAGGAAGCUUCCUGAGGAACCAUGCCUGCCAUGG